ACGAGAGAAUUCUGCGUCUCGCAUCUGAAGCGAUUCAAAGUUCCCUCUUUCGCUCCGGAAAAAUCAAAGUUCAUUUUCUCCGCUUGGAAAAUUGGCGCUUCUGUUUCACACCGACUGCGAAAGGAUAGAAAAGAUGUCCGAGAAGCUGCUCGUUAUCGACACGGACUGCGGCAUCGACGACGCCCAGGCCAUCCUGGUGGCCCUGGCGGCGCCGAACGUCCGCGUCGUGGCUGUCACCUGCGUGUUCGGGAACUCCUCUGUGGACAACGUGUGCCAGAAUGUGUUCAAAGUGCUUGCAGUGGGGGAGCGAGGACAAAUCCCGGUGUUCCGAGGUUCCGCAGGGCCUCUUCUCGGGACCACCACGGACAUCCUCUGCGACCACUUUGGCUCGGACGGCCUCGGCGACGUUUUGGAGGAACGGUAUCCCCAGUGGGAGGAGAAAAUCCAGGCGGAACACGCAGUGACCGCCAUGGUGCGCCUGGUGGCGGAGAACCCAAAGCAGGUGACACUGGUGGCCCUGGGGCCCCUCACCAACCUGGCGCUGGCCGUCAAGAUGGACCCAAGCUUCCCUGGAAACCUCAAAGAACUUUACAUCAUGGGUGGCAACAUGGAAGGGGCAGGAAACUUGACACCAUGCUCAGAGUUCAACUUCGCUAUGGAUCCGGAGGCCGCUUACGUAGUUCUGGAGGAGUUUUUGUGCCCGACUUAUUUGGCGACGUGGGAAUACGCCUGCAGAAACGCGCUGUCGUGGGAAUUCUUCGAGGAGCUGACAAGCCAGGACACGGUGGCGUCCCGUUUCAUGAAGACCAUCACAUCUCGCUGCUGGGCCUACUCCCGGGAGGCCCUAAGCAAGAAGCGCGACGUUCACUUCGGGCCGGGCUUCGUCUCGUUCGACUCGUACGCGGUGGCGGCGUGCGUGGAUGCCGGGGUGGUGGCCGAGAGCGUGCGCUGUCCGGUGCGCGUGGAGCUGCAGGGUGCCAUGUGCCGCGGCAUGAUGGCACUGGACCGCGUGGGCAGCCUGAACAAGCAGCACAGCGUGACGGUGUUCACCAAAUGCCACAAGGACAGGUUGGCACGGCUGCUGGUCGAGUCGCUAAGGCAUUAGGAACCCGGGUGCUGGAAAAUAAACACCCAGUCAUUUAUUCUAAGAAAAUGCAUUUUUCGAGAACAAAUGAGUAUCUUUUCAAUAACAAAAAUAAAGGAAUUUGUUUUCCUUCUCAGAAGGU